UCCAAGUCCUCUUAAUUUCUCUCUCUCUCUCUCGCUUCGUUUCUUUGUUUUCAUGGUUUGGGCUCUCACUGGUCUCACUUCUUUGGCUUGAUCGAAACCCUAAUUAGUGCUCAAACCCCAACGAAAGCGUCAAUCCUGGGGCUUGAUUCGAGGAGGCGAUGUGAUUCCUUUGAGUAUUUGCGGUCAAUUUGCAAUUUUUGGUGUUGAUUUUGGAUUAUCUAGGGUUUGGUUGAAGGGGGGCGACACAUAUGAAGGAUCCGCUUGAGAGGACGAAGGUUGUGCUUCGGCACCUGCCGCCGGCGAUCUCUCAGUCGGCGCUUAUGGACCAGAUCGACGCUAGGUUCGCCGGUCGGUAUACGUGGGUGUCUUUCCGUCCCGGGAAAGCUAGUCAUAAAAAUACGCGUUAUUCUCAAGCAUAUAUCAACUUCAAUAGGCCAGAAGAUGUCGUUGAGUUUGCUGAAUACUUUGAUGGGCAUACCUUUGUCAAUGAGAAGGGUGCUCAAUUUAAGGCUAUUGUAGAGUAUGCACCAUCACAACGUGUUCCCAAGUCAUGGCCUAAGAAGGAUGGUCGUGAAGGCACAAUUUUUAAGGAUCCUGAAUAUUUGGAGUUUCUUGAACGCCUUGCAAAGCCUGCUGAGAAUCUUCCUAGUGCUGAAAUUCAGUUAGAAAGGAGAGAAGCAGAAAGAGCUGGUGGAGCAAAGGAGGCAGUCAUAGUUACACCUCUUAUGGAUUUUGUUCGACAGAAAAGAGCCUCAAAGAGUAGCUCGCAGAGAGCUUCCGUCAAUGGAAAACCUAGCAGAAGAGUUACAGGAGCUUCAGUUCACUGCUCUACUCCUUCCAAAAGAGGCUCUGAAAAGCGGAGGGCUUCUGCAUCAAUGUAUGUCAUUAGGGAUGGUACAAAGGCCACAAGUGGAAAGGAUAAAUCAGCAUACAUUUUGAUGCCUAGAAGAGAAGGUCAACAACUGCCAGAAAGAAUAGGUUCUACAACUCUGGCAAGUGGAACUGGAGUAACUGAAGAUGAAAAUGCAAACGGCUCAAGUGGGACAAGCUCUAUCACAUCUGGGUCUGUUGAAAGUGGGAAGAGAAUUAUGCUACUGAAAGCAAAAGAGCAAGAUACUUCUCAUGUGAGUGGUGGUUUAACUCAGCAGCAAAAUGCAACUUCAUCAAGAAAUUCCCCAGGUUCAAGUUCUUCAAAGCAUAGUCAGCGACAUGAUGGUAGUGGAAAAGUCAUUCGAAGCAUACUCUCCAGUAAGGAAGGACGCCAGAGUCAGUCAUUUAUAUCUGCAUCCAUGUCUGAGCAGGCACCGAACUCAGAGGACAGGCGUCCUCCUCGACCUCCCAAUAACCGUUUGACUUCAAAGAAUUCUAAUUUCACUACAUCACAUGCUUUUGCUGUUGAUAAUGAUGGCAAAAGGCUCUCAGAAGAUAGAGUUGCCGGCGGUGACCUGCAUAAUUCUGUAUUUACAAACGAAAAACAUGAUAAACGCAUGAAAAACAAGGAUAGGCCUGAUCGUGGUGUUUGGCGUCGCUCGGAUAUAUCUCAUGGAAGUGAUGGGAUGUCUGUCUCCUCUGAGCUGUUAGCAGAUUCUUUGGAAGGCAUAUCGAUAUCUCAACAAGCUACAGUGGUAAGGGUUGGGGAUGGUGACAAGGGAACUCAGAUUGUUCGUGGUGGGCGUGGAUCGUCUGACAUGACUCUUGGCUCCGGAGAGAUGAAAUCUGAACCUAAUUUAAUAAGAAUAAUGGAAACUAAAAGUACCGGAACUCGUCUUUCUCCAGUGGAAAAUGGUUCUCAAAGGCAUGUUGGUCGUCGUGGACCUACUCAUGGUUCAAAGGAAUCUGAUGGAGUUCAAAAUUUAGCAGAUGGCAAGCCCUCCAAGAGAAGCCCUAGUGGCUAUGGCUACCAUGAGUUUUCUCAAAGUGACGUGUUGCUUCGGAGUGGGAACAGUAUUCUUUCCAUCAUUUUUGGGUGCAUUCACACAAAGGCUAUGAGCAAAAGGUAUCUGGGAAUACCCAGUAUGCCAUAACCAUGUCCUUCUGAUUGCAAAUCAAAAGGAUGAUCCGAAUCGUAAACCAGAUGAUUAAAUGCUACCUGUGAUAGACCAGUGAUUAUUUGAAGUACGAUUUUCCCGAAAAGGAUAAUCUAUGUUUUGCAGAAGUUAAGGAAAGACCAAAGAGCUUGCUGAGUUAUUUUGGCACAAAAUUAAGCCAACAUCUCCUUCCCCAGAAGAAAUUCUUGAAGGAUCAGAAAGCUUGUUGAGUGAUAUGACAUGGAUGAAGAUAACUAAAAACUGAUUCAAAUUUUGCUCAUCUGUCUCUUUCUGGUUUUUCAAGCUAAAUCUUCUCUGAUUCACAAGUCUUUGAUCAGCAUGUGGAUAUAUUCAAAUGGAAAGCAAGUAUGUGAUCAUUCUGAUGGAAUUAUGUCCAAGAAAAUGCCAUAUAUGAUCAUCUGAGUAUUAUCAUGUCCAUUAAAUAAAGAGCUAAGUUAGUUUUCUAGUCAUAUAUAUAGACAAGAAAUAUGUGUUCCUGUUUCUUCUGAUCAACAGUGAGUUGGCUGUCGUUUAAUUCCCGGCCAGCGGAUUGUGUGUGACUGAGAGAUGACUGGACAUGAAUUCGGUUUUAAAUUGAAUCUUCGAUGUUGAUAUUUCAUAUAUAUAUAUUGGGUUUCAAUUUCCA